CACGUACAGCGCGCAGCAGUCGCGGGCGUCGCGCGCAGCAAGCCGAACAAACACUGCACCCGCGGGCCAACAUGUCGGCGACGCCUGAUCCCGUGAUCGAGGAGCUCGCGAGCGACUAUGCCGCCUACCCCAGGCUGGACAUGGACGCCGAGCUCAAGGGCGUUUACGAGGCCGUCGAGGAAAUGCAGCUGCGUCUCGAAGAAUUCCGAUCCAUAGCCGAAAUGCUGCAAGCGAAGGACGACAAAUCCAUCACGGAGAACAUACCGCACCUCCUGGCGCUGAAGCCCCAGGUGAACCAGCUCAGCAAAAGAAUCGACGCCCUCGACUUCUUCGUCACGAGAGUGAACCUUGACCUCGCCACGCUGGAGGCCAACGUGGAAGCUGCGGAAGCGUCGCUCGGAACUUCCGACAACAAGCUGGCUAUGCUCAAUCCGUUCGCUUUCUUCAAAAAAUCGCCAGAGACACCAACGAGUCCGCCACCUCCGCCGCCCCAGCCUCCGCAGAUAUUUAAAAUGGAAGAUUACUUCAAGGCCGAAUCUGAACCAGAAUCUACUUAGGGCUUUUUCCUUAUCACCCCAGAUAUUGGUCAGCUUCUUUGGACGUCGUUACGCUUUAUUGCAUUUAAUAAAGAGAUAUUUUUUCACAAUAUGCACCGGACGUCGCUAUCCGCCUGGAAUACACGCGAUGAUGCAUCCAUUUCUAUGAAAGCUUGUUUGCAAAACCGACAAGCAAAAAUUAUGAUAAUGAAAUUUUGAAUAACUACACCCGCGCUACUGCAUAUUGCAAAAGUCAAAAGUGCUCGGUCGGCCAUUCACCCGUGCAUGCUUUCGUAAUGUAUCAAUAAGGCACGUAAUAGUAUAACGAGCUGCUUUCGCGGCAAAGAACUUUCCACAACAACUUCUACGCUUGCCAAUCUACCUAUUAUUGCGUAAUCCAGGGGCUCUCUCGAUUAUGAAUUUCAAAUGCACGAGCUUGCAUUUUUGAUUUCGCAUCGCGAACAUUAUACAAUACUUGCGGUACUUGCGGUGGUAGAGCAUCUGACAGUGAGCUAAGAAAAUGCUAAUCACAACGCAUAAGAAAAAUUACAUUGGGAAAUUGGAAGAUAACUAUUCUGACAAACACAAAUGUUACUUCAAAUGUUUAUCUCAUAACAAGAUUCUAUACAACAAACUGUGUACACAAGACACGCAUACAAGCCUUUUUCAGGCUCAAUCAGUUGAGUUCCACAAAAAUCAUUACUAGUUUAUUACUCCGCAUUUACAAUCGUUAGUUCUUUUUACACAGUAUAUCAGCAGCUUUGUAAAUGCAUUUCAAUGAAAAUCAUUGGCAACCACUAAGAAAAGUAAUUUGAUUCACGCAUUUCAAAAGAAUCAAAGACUUACGGUGCAUUGCUUCUUUGUCAUAUAAAUAUUCUAGCUUGAAAAGCUUCGUAUCAUCUAAAAUUUAACUUUGAAAAGUCAUUUAUAAAUCUUAUUCAGUCCUUCGAUAUAAUUGUGAUAACUCGUUGAUUGUUACUCGUAAAGCAAUGUGUGCAUAUAUUUAAAAAAACAGCGUCUGUGAAUCAAUGAAUAAGAAUCUAAGAAUCAAAAAAUAAAUUGAAUUUCAUCAAAA